GUUUGGCCAACUAAAGUUACAUCACUAGUUAUCUUCGAAAGGUCGGCAGGGUCAGGUAGACACUCGGUAUUGUCUUCAUAAAUUAGUGGCUUUAACUAAAAACAGACGCAAAAUGUUCUCCCGUGUUUUGAGACCCGUCGCCACUGUGGCCUUCCAGAAUGGAGCCAAGAAUUUUUCCACCAGCCCUGAGAUGCAAUUCAAAGUUAUGGUUGCCGGUGCUUCCGGCGGCAUUGGUCAGCCUCUAUCACUGCUGCUUAAGAUGAACCCCUUGGUGAGCAACCUGGCUCUCUACGAUAUCGCGCCGGUGACCCCUGGCGUCGCUGCCGACCUGUCGCACAUGGACUUCCCAGCAAAGGUCCUUGGUUACAAAGGCCCCGAAGAGCUGCCUAACGCAAUUGCAGGAUCACAUGUGGUGGUUAUCCCCGCCGGAGUUCCCCGCAAGCCUGGUAUGACCAGAGAUGACCUGUUCAAUGUGAACGCCUCCAUCGUCCGAGACCUGGCUCAGUGCAUUGCAGUACACGCUCCCAAAGCCAUCAUCUGUAUCAUCACCAACCCUGUCAACUCCAUGGUGCCCAUUGCCUCCGAAGUUAUGAAGAAGAACGGAGUAUACGACCCUAACCGCAUUCUCGGUGUCACCACCCUUGACGUUGUCCGCUCAUGCACCUUCAUUGGUGCCAUCAACGGAAUUGACCCCCGCUCUGUCUCAAUCCCCGUCAUUGGAGGUCACUCUGGAGUCACCAUCAUCCCUCUGCUAUCCCAAUGCAAGCCUGCCGUCCAGCUUCAGGAGCAAGGCAAGAUCGAAGCCCUUACCAAGAGGAUCCAGGAAGCUGGUACCGAGGUAGUAAAGGCUAAGGCUGGUGGUGGAUCCGCCACCCUUUCCAUGGCCUGGUCUGGUGCCAAGUUCACUAACUCUGUCCUUAGGGGACUUAAGGGUGACGACAAUGUGGUCGAGUGCGCCUACAUGAAGUCAGAUCUCACUGAGGCUAGCUACUUUGCCAACCCAGUACAAUUCGGUAAGAACGGCGUUGCUAAGAACCUUGGCUAUGGCAAGCUGAACGCAUACGAAGAAAAGCUCUUGAAUGCAGCCCUCCCUGAACUCAAGAAGAACAUUGCCAAAGGAGUCGAAUUCGUUUCAAAGUAAACACAUUUCACAUAGGUAAUUCACGGUCGGGCCUUGUUAUAAACUGUGGCGAUAUUACGCGCGCAAAAAUUAAUUUGG